CAGCACCAAACACACCCCCCACCGCCCACCAUGCCGCCAAACCGCAUCGAACAAGAUGAAAUCGAGAAAUACUGGGAGAUCUUCAGCUCGCUAUCCAACGGCGGCACGCACCUUGACGGCGCGCAAGCCGCCCCCGUGCUCAAGAACUCGCACCUGCGUGACGACCAGCUCGAGCGCGUGUGGGACCUGGCCGACGUCGACAAUGACGGCAAGCUCGACUUCGAGGAGUUCUGCGUCGCGAUGCGGCUCAUAUUUGACCUGAUCAACGGCGUGUCCUCUGACGUCCCGCAGACGCUGCCAGACUGGCUGGUCCCGGAGAGCAAGGCGCAUCUUGUGCAGGCUACGCGGGCGCUGAGCGGGGGCCAGCAGUUCGAACCGGUGGAGGAUGAGGAUGAGACGUUGGGCUUGAGGGAUGGGUUUGACUGGUACAUGUCGCCGAGCGACAAAUCGAAAUACGAAGAGAUAUAUACUGCGAACCGCGAUUCGCACGGGAACAUAUCGUUCGAGAGCCUCAACGGGCUGUUCGACAGCCUCGAUAAUGUGCCCGACUCAGAUGUGCGGUUUGCGUGGAACUUGGUUAAUCCCAAGGCGAGGGAGAGCGUGGGCAAGGACGCAACCCUUGCAUUCCUGCACAUCCUCAAUCAGCGGAGUGAAGGGUACCGCGUCCCCCGAUCCGUGCCCCCGAGUCUAAGAAGCAGCUUUGAGAAGGCGCAUAUCGACUACGACAUCAACCACAGCCAGAACCGUUGGGCAACCAGCAACGACGAUAACACCGCAACGGGCCGCAAAGCAAAAUUCGGCGACGCGUACCUGACGCGUCUGGGCGUUGGCGACCGCGCAGCAAACUACGGCGCGCGCGCCAAGGGGACGGAUUUCGGCGGCCGGACGACGGAGGACUGGGAGGAGGUGCGCUUGAAGAAGCAGUUGAAGGAAUUGGAGGGGAAGAUUGCGGAUGUGGAGAAGGAGGCACAGAACCGGAGACACGGGCGGAGUAAGGAUAGUACGCCUGCGCUGGUGAAGAGGGAGCUCGAAUCGUUGCUGGACUACAAACGGAACGUGCUGAGGGAUUUGGACAAUGAUGAGGGUGGUGCGGUGAAGGGGCUCGGGGGGAUCAGAGAGGAGAUUGAUACUGUGAAGGAGCAGGUCGAGGGGCUGGAAAGCCACCUCCAGAGGCGACAUGAGGUGCUCGAAGAUCUUCGACGGCAGAUUGAUGACGAGAAGGCGCGGUGAGCUGAGCGAAGCUUGAUGCCUGAACGAUCUUGUAUGAGCAAGCGGCAGAGGGAGACGUUGCGUGCAUAGACAACACAGUGAGCAGUAAUAAGACAUCAUUCAAGAC